UGAGGCCCAAGAAGCGGGAAUCGGCGGGUGUAGGAAAACGGUUGCCCAUCAUAAAGUUUAAUAGAAACUUAACAAGCUUUAAUUUAUCUUCUAUAUUCUUAAUAAUUUAGAAUUUUAAGAAAAUGACCAUUACAAGUAUGGGAUGUAAUUCUAUAGAAUUAGGAAAAGGAGAUAGCAAAAUCAAGGCCUACAAAUUUGUGGCCUAUUCGGCUGUUGCUUUCUCUGUGAUUGCUGUUCUCUCUGUUGUAAUUACUUUACCAAUGGUUUAUAAUUAUGUAGCACAUGUACGGAGACAAAUGCAGCAUGAAUUGGGCUUUUGCAAGGCAAGUUGUUUUGUUUUAAUAUUUUAA